UUGUUGCACUUGUCGGCCGCUCGCGAUCUCAAGUCGGAAAUCGCGUGCUAUAACAAUAAAAUGUGAACAAUUCGGUUUUAAAAAUUGUAUGCGCCAGCCAGUCCAAGGAGUCCAGACGUGAGACGUGAACGUUUCCGAAGGAGACACGACCACAAGCACAACCAAUGACAGAAAUGAAUGCAACGGCGGCUGCCACCGAGGAGACAAAGGAGGCUGGUCCAGAGCCAGGACCGCCGGCCACCGUUGUCGUACCUGAGCCCGAGGCGAAGCCUGCGGUGCCACCGUCCAGGCAGCGAACACUUACGCGCACCGAGGAGAUGGACGCGGACGGCGACGAUAUCGAGCUGGACCCGGACGGGGACGAUGCGGCGGACAGCAUCACCUUGGAGCUGGCCUUAUCGCCGCACAGCAGCACGCCCACGCCGCCGCCCACCACGGCGGACGAGGACUUUGCCCAGCUGGACAACAGCAAGCCCUUUAAGAUCAAGGACAUUACACGAAACAUACGCAAGGCGGUGGUGGCCACAACCCUUUCAGAGUUGCGCUUGAAGGUAUCAGCGAAAUUUGAGCGGAAUCAGCCGGCGAUACACCUGGAUUGCGAUGGCACCGAGGUCGACGACGAGGAGUACUUUAGCACUCUGGAGCCAAAUGCCGAAUUGAUUGCUGUCUUUCCCGGCGAGCAGUGGCGCGAUCCCAGUGACUAUAAUGCCAAUCUGCGUCGCACAUCGCUGGAUGCUCAGCGUCUCCGGCGGCUGGUGGGCAAGCUGCAGUCGAACUAUAUCAACGAUGAUGACUUGGACAAGCUGUCAAACAUGGAUCCCAAUUCCCUGGUGGAUAUCACAGGACGGGAGCCCAAGGACAGCGAGUACUCCUCGCGGAGCGAUGCGGCACGCAGGUCCACGGAGCUAUCCUGUUAGGGUUGCUUUAUUUUUGGUAUUUGGUAUUUAGUGUAAACGGAGCAGCACACAGGACAUAAUUUGUGUGAAAGGAGCUGUAUAUAUGGGAAUUUGUACGAGUUUAUGAGGCAAGAAGAAUUGAAGGGGUAUUUUUGGAAAAUGUUUUGAUGGCAGCAACCUACAUCUCCGUAUAGAUCAGAUAUAGAAAGUUGUGUAUUUUUCGAGCCCACAUUGUAGACUCCACCCUGAAUGUCUAUUAUCAGCCGCUAAUUGUUCCUAGACCAAUAGCUGUGUAACGAGCCACAAUCUGGAGUGCCUCAAAGGCCUAGCUCCAGUCCUAGAUGACCUCACCCUCCUCACAGCCUCUCUAUAUGUAUAUCCCCCUCAGAGGACGAUCAACGAAGUGCAGCUUAGAGUUUAGAGUCUGUCUAAGCUUGUAGGUAUUAAUAGUGAAAUAAAUAUAUAUAGAUAUAUAUUUUCCAUAGCAAGGUCCUUGUGAAUAAUGUCACACAGAAACAGUUUGGGUUGUUAGGGAGCAAGUACGAUUUUACCAUAAUUGAAUCUCAAUUAAAUCAAUUAACAAUUGAAUAAACGUUUAACACACCCGCACACAAAGAGACGUUUCACCCUUUUUUUCGUCGUAUUAAUGCUGCAUCAAUGAUCUAGGCACUAUUUGCUGCACUAAUCGAAGGGUUAUAGAAGCCCGUAUUUAACUCGAUUUACAUGGCAAUUGGAGAUUGUAAUUUGUGACUUGUAAAAACAAA